AAAGAUGGCGCUGUAAAGCCCAUGAUUUGUUUUCUAUGGGUGCAAAGUAUGUUUAAGUGCAUUAACCGAACGGCCCAGUUCACCAGAUAUCUCAAGUCAACAGGAAACAGCGUCUGUGUUAACCAAGGUUUUAGGCUGGUGUCAUCCUUACCUCUCAGAAUGACGGAACCGGCUGUGAGGAGGGUGGUCACCGAUAUAAUUCGGUCUCCUGAAGACAGAAGGGACUACCGGGGCCUGGAGUUCAAAAACGGACUCAAAGCGAUGCUCAUCAGCGACCCGACGACCGACAAAUCAUCAGCCGCACUGGAUGUGCACAUAGGUUCCCUGUCUGACCCAGAGAACAUCUCAGGCCUGGCCCAUUUCUGUGAGCACAUGCUGUUUCUGGGAACAGAAAAAUACCCCAAGGAGAACGAAUACAGCCAGUUCCUUAGCGAGCACGCAGGAAGCUCCAACGCCUUCACCAGCGGCGAGCACACCAACUAUUACUUCGACGUUUCCCAUGAGCAUUUGCAAGGAGCGUUAGACAGGUUUGCCCAGUUCUUCCUGUGCCCUUUGUUCGAUGAGAGCUGUAAGGACCGGGAAGUGAAUGCCGUCGACUCCGAACACGAGAAGAACCUGAUGAAUGACGCCUGGAGGCUGUUUCAGCUGGAGAAAGCCACCGGAAACCCAAACCACCCAUUCAGUAAAUUUGGAACAGGCAACAAACUAACACUUGAAACCAGACCCUCUAAAGAAGGGGUCGAUAUUCGUCAGGAACUGCUGAAGUUUCACUCUACGUAUUAUUCUGCUAAUCUGAUGGGACUCUGCGUGUUGGGAAGAGAGUCUCUUGAUGAAUUAACCACCAUGAUGGAAAACCUGUUUGGAGAAGUGGAAAACAAGAACGUUCCGGUUCCAGAAUUCCCUGAGCAUCCGUUUCAGGAAGAGCACCUUAAACAAUUCUACAAAGUGGUUCCCAUCAAAGACAUUAGGAACCUGUAUGUGACCUUCCCCAUCCCAGACCUGCAGAAGUACUACAAGUCGAACCCAGGCCAUUAUCUGGGACACCUGAUCGGCCACGAAGGACCCGGCAGUUUGUUAUCCGAGCUCAAGACUAAAGGCUGGGUGAACACGCUGGUUGGAGGGCAGAAGGAAGGAGCCAAAGGAUUCAUGUUCUUCAUCAUCAACGUCGACCUGACGGAGGAGGGGCUCUUGCAUGUUGAGGACAUCAUCUUCCACAUGUUCCAGUACAUCCAGAAGCUUCGCACCGAAGGUCCUCAGGAAUGGGUGUUUGACGAGUGCAAGGUCGGUUCUGAUUCACUUCAUUCAUGUAGCAACAGUUCACAACAAACGACGCCUUGAGGCUGUUUACAAAGAAAUAGAUAUCAUUCUACUGCUCUAUAUAUCUAGCUCUAUCUGUGUCUAUAGCUCUCUAGGUCUAAAGCUCUCUAGCUCUAUGUCUAUAACUCUAUAUCUAUAGCUCUCUAGCUCUAGUACUAUGUCUGUAGCUCUAUAUCUAGCUCUAUUUAAGCUAUAGAUAGCUUUCCAGAUCUCUAGCUCUGGAUCUAUAUGUAUAGCUCCAUAUCUACAGAUCUAGGUCUAUAGCUCUAUAGCCAUACACCUCUAGUUCUUUAGCUCUAGCUCUCUCCGUCUUCCUAAUCUGCACAUUUUUACCUUCCAGUUAACUUUCCAUUCAUAUGCUUUGAGUUAUUAGAGUCCUCUGUGAAGAGCAAUGUUAGUUUGUAACGACCCUUUGAACUGGAUAACUGUCAGCACUUUUACACUUAAAUUAUUUUUACAAUAACAUUUAUUAGUUAAAAAUACAGUUCAUGUAAAAUUGUACUUUUUAAAA